UUAAUAACUUAAAUUAAACCGUUCUCCCUACAUGCAGCUGAUUCAGAAAAUAUAUUCACCGUACCCAGCCUGCACCCAUCCCCCACUUUUCCCCGGAACACAGAUCCAUGAAUAAGUCAAAUCUUGGCGCACCAGUUCGGAAAAGUUGCCGACCCCUGACCUAGAAUAUAGCAUGGAUUUCAACAGGAAUGAAAUCUUGGCGGAAUGGGGUGUGUAGAAAGGAUUAAAGCCCCUUGCAAAAUGUUUCCAAUUGCCCUUCUUCUCCUGACAGACUUCAGAACACCCAUGUCUUGCUUCAGCUCAGCCCAUGGCCUGAAGAGCCAUAGAAAGGAAAUGGCUGUGGUGGAGCCAGUGACCUUCAAGGAGGUAGCUGUGUAUUUCUCUGAGGAGGAAUGGGCUCUGCUGGACCGGGUCAGAGAGCACUCUACUGGGAUGUGAUGCAGGAGAAUUAUGAGGCUGUGAGCUGGCUGGGAUUUCCAGUCUCCAAAGAUCAUGUGAUUGCCUGGGUGGAGCAAGGGGAAGAGCUGUGGGUUCCAGAUCUCCAAGUCUGUGAGGAAGGGGAAAUCAUCAGCAACACUCACGCAGCAGGUGAUGGGAUGGUGAAUGAGAAUGUGGAGCAGAAUUUUCAGCAGAGAGCGAAUGGCUCCAAGUGGGAUGUUAUUAGGAAGAUCUAAAGGCCAUGUUUUGCAGAGUCUUGAGCAGGGAGAGACCUGUGAGAGUCAGCAUAGCCCAGAAAUGCAGCAGGGAAACCAUCCAGGAGAAGGACAGGGUAAAUCCAGUCAUAGAAGCAUAGGGAAGAAAAGAAACAAAAUCGUUCAACGGAAAAUCUCCCAUCAACAGUCACCCUGCACUUGCAGUGACUGUGCAACUCUUAUUGAACAUGAAAGAACCCACACAGGAGAGAAGCCCUUCAAAUGCUCUGACUGUGGGAAAAGCUUCAGUAAGAGUUCAGCCCUUGUUAGACAUAAGAGAACCCACACAGGGGAGAAACCCUUCACCUGUUCUGACUGUGGGAAAAGCUACAGUUGCAGCUCACACCUUGUUAGACACAGGAGAACCCACACAGGAGAGAAACCCUUCAGCUGCUUCAACUGCGGGAAAAGCUUCAGGGAGAGCUCAGCCCUUGUUACCCAUUGGAGAACCCACACAGGGGAGAAACCCUUCACCUGCUCUGACUGUGGGAAAAGCUACAGUUGUAGCUCACACCUUGUUACCACAGGAGAGAAACCCUUCAGCUGCUUCAACUGCGGGAAAAGCUUCAGGGAGAGCUCAGCCCUUGUUACCCAUUGGAGAACCCACACAGGGGAGAAACCCUUUACCUGCUCUGUGUGUGGGAAAACCUUCAGUAAGAGUUCAAACCUUGUGAAACACAGGAGGACGCACACCGGAGAGAAACCUUUCAACUGCUAUGACUGUGGGAAAAGCUACAGUUGUAGCUCACACCUUGUUAUUCAUAGGAGAACUCACACAGGAGAGAAACCUUUUAGCUGCUCUGAUUGCGGGAAAAGCUUCAGGGAGAGUUCAGCCCUUGUUACCCAUAGGAGAACGCACACAGGGGAGAAACCCUUUACCUGCUCUGUGUGUGGGAAAACCUUCAGUAAGAGUUCAAACCUUGUGAAACACAGGAGGACGCACACUGGAGAGAAGCCUUUCAACUGCUAUAUCUGUGGGAAGAACUACAGUUGCAACUCAUACCUUCUUAUCCAUUGGAGAACCCACACAGGGGAGAAACCCUUCAGCUGCUCCGACUGUGGGAAAAGCUUCAGAGGGAGCUCAGAUCUUGUUACCCAUAAGAGAACUCACACAGGGGAGAAACCCUUCAACUGCUCUGACUGUGGGAAAAGCUUCUAUCAAAGAUCACAACUUGUUACCCAUAGGAGAACUCACACGGGGGAGAAACCCUUCAGCUGCUCUGACUGUGGGAAAAGCUUCCAUCAGAGAUCACAUUUACUUAACCAUAGGAGAACCCACACAGGGGAGAAACCCUUCACCUGCUCUGAGUGUGGGAAAAGUUUCAGUAAGAGUUCAAACCUUGUUAUCCAUUGGAGAACCCACACAGGGGAGAAACCUUUCAGCUGCUCUGACUGUGGAAAAAGCUACAGUUGCAACUCAUACCUUGUUACCCAUAGGAGAACCCACACAGGAGAGAAACCCUUCAUCUGCUCUCACUGCGGGAAAAGCUGCAGUCAGUGCUUCUGCCUUACUAACCAUCAGGUAAUACAUAGAAAAUAGCUACCCCAUAACAGCUCUGAUUGCAGAAAAGGCUUCAUAAACCAGUGCAACUUUGUUAAACAUAAAAGAAUCCACAGAAGAGAGAAACUAUUCAGCUGCUCUGACUGUAGGAAAAACUUCAGUUAGAGCUGAAAUCUUGUUAGAGAUUGGAGAACCCACAGAGGAGAAACCCUAUAACCUGAGUUCCUUUUAAGCUGUGUGGUCAUGCCACAGCCUAUUCAAGGCCAUGUGAGCUCAUAGGGCUUGAGGAGGGGGGAAAUAUCUCAACCCUGGCUGAGACCUGCUGUGGCCAGAGGCCUAUCCCUCAGCCCCAAAGCUGCCAUGGCAAGGAGCGGUGUCUCUUUUAGGGAUGUUAAAUAUUGGUUAAUUGAAUAGUUGAUUAACCUCAUGAAUUGUUAUCCAUUAGUCAACUAGUCUAGUCCCCAUCUGUGGGGCUGGCAGCUAGCAUACUCUGGCCCCACUCCCAGGGAGCCUCUUGCCACCUCAUACUGCUGACUCUGUAUCAGAGACAGCAGUCGGGAUGCCAGGUUAGAGCUGGUUCAUGAGGGGGAGCCAGUUUAAAAACUCGUGGACCAACUCCCUACCACCCUGCACU